CCUGUUCAAGGCUGAUUUCAGUUAUUUUAAUCCCAUUCAAGUGCUAAUAGACAUUAUCUAGAAUAUUUUAAUGACCAUUCGUACAUCGCCAUGUAAAAUCGAUAAUUCGCGCUUUUUUGCAUAACCUUUGAUAACAUUACAUAAUAUUAUAAACACAAUGGGUGUACCUGCUGGUAAUGCUGAAAAUGGAAAGAAAAUCUUUGUGCAAAGAUGCGCUCAGUGCCAUACUGUUGAAGCAGGUGGUAAACACAAAGUAGGACCUAAUCUACAUGGCUUCUUUGGACGCAAAACUGGCCAAGCUCCCGGCUUCUCCUAUUCAGAAGCAAACAAAGCUAAAGGUAUCACCUGGGGAGAAGAUACCCUGUUUGAAUACUUAGAGAACCCCAAGAAGUACAUCCCUGGUACUAAAAUGGUGUUUGCCGGUAUCAAGAAGCCUAAUGAGCGUGCGGAUCUUAUCGCAUACCUCAAGCAGGCAACCAAGUAAUUUUAAUGACAUUAGGAAAAUAAUAUGAAUGGGAGGAGUAUUCCAUUAUAUGGAACAAUCCUCUCGUUUUUAGCCCAAUCAGUAUCAUAAUCAUUAUUUAAUUAAUACCUAUUUAUUUUGAGUUAACAUUUCACAAAGUGAUAGUUGUGACUUCUAUCUUGUAUCCACCUUCAUAGUUGUAUUGAUUGUAUGAAUUGUGAUGUACAUAAUAUGUAUGACUAAAAUUCUUUGGUGAGCAUAAAAAUGUUAUGAAUGGUUUUAUGAUGUUAUUAAAUUAUAAAUAGACAUCGUAAUUAGCUUUUUAUUUGUAGGUAAACCCAUACAAGUUUUAAUAGCUAUUACUCAUCAAAUGUUACCAGGUUUUAGUUAAUUGUGUUUACUAUUAGAUUAUUUUAAUUAAAAUUAUUUUUUUAUU